AUGUCGGAGUUUUGGUGGAGGAAUGGAAAGGAUUCGAGAGGGAUGCACUGGAAGAGUUGGGAGAGCUUAUGUAGACCAGAGGCUUAUGGAGGUCUUGGAUUUAAGGACUUGGAGGCAUAUAAUCUGGCACUGCUAGGAAAAGACACAAAGGUCUGGCAAGAAAGAUGGAUUAGAGCAGCACCAGCUACUAUGAUUCAAUCGAUGAGAAGAGGAGAAGCACAAGAGAUGGGAGUUAUUUCUGAGGAUAUGAGAGUGAGUGAACUGAUUUCUGCGAAUGGUCGGGACUGGAAUCAUGACAAGAUCAACAGACUGUUCACGGAGGAGGUCCAAGACAAGAUACUCUCAAUACGUCCGGCCGGUACGAGCAGCAAAGAUACCUAUGUAUGGACGUAUACAAAGACAGGCCAUACGGUUAAGUCUGGUUACUGGGUCCAGACAAGCAUUCUAUCAUCCACUACUGAACCGCAAGAAGUUAUCCAACCAAGUUUGGAUUGCAUAUAUCAGAUGGUGUGGAGGUUAGAAACGAGCCCCAAAAUCAAGCACUUCUUGUGGAGGUGUCUCAAUAAUUCCCUUCCGGUGGCUGAGAACAUGACGUACAGACAUAUUGCGAAGGAUAAGAGGUGUAGCAGAUGUGAUGGCGAGGCAGAAAGUGUCAAUCAUCUCUUGUUCCAAUGUCACUACGCCAGAAGGGCUUGGGCGGUUGCAAAUAUACACAUUCCCCCAUCCGGAAAAUGGUCAGAUUCUUUAUUUGACAAUCUUUAUUGGGUCUUGAACUUGAAACAAGAGUACCAAAAAGAGGAAGUCGAUGAAGGAUUUGUACCAGUACUGCUAUGGAGACUAUGGAAGAACCGUAAUGAGUUUUUAUUCAGAGGAAAAGAUUAUGAUGCAGACUCAACGGUCAGGAAAGUCUGGGAGGAUGUGGAGGAAUGGAGGAAUAGAGAAGAUGUGAAAAAUGAAGAGGUCAAAACACCCACAACAGCAGUAUCCGACAGGAAGUGGAACCCUCCACCGCCAUUAUCUGUUAAAUGCAACACUGAUGGUUCGUGGUCAAAGGAAACAGAGAGCGGUGGAGUGGGAUGGGUUUUGAGAGAUCCUCAAAGGACACUGGUGUGGGCGGGAGCAAGAAAACUACCAGUAGUGCGAUCGGCGAUUGAAGUGGAAGCAGAAGCCAUCAGUGCUUUCCACUACUACUCUGCUAGCAACACACAUUUGGGCAGAUAUGACUUUGAUAAGAGCGUUGUUGAUUCACUUCAGAUUUCUAGAAAUAUUAAGGCAUUGAUAUUUUGA